UGUUGCGGGAUCUCACGGGCUUUAAACUGCGGCGCCGCGGCGCGCGGGUGCGGAUCCCCAGAUGGGAGCUGGGGAUGGGCCGGUUGCCCGGCGGGUGGCACGUUGCCGCCUGGGGCCCCGGAGACCUUCACCCGGCCGCCUACCCAGGCGGGCCGGCCCUGCCCGUCCACUGGCCGCCGAGAGUCCCCGGCCUUGGGCCCCCAGGGCCGCUGACUGGCCUCGGUCACCUCUCGGGGAAGACUCCCGCGUCUCCAUCUGCCCCCGCAGGAAGGGACCCUCUUCUCGCCCGCGAGGCUUCUCCAGGUGGGAUCGCCCUGGCCCCUGGCCCUAAGGGACCCGCCCCCUCGGAGACCACUCCAGCUCGGAGGGACCCACUCCAGCCACCGCUGCACGCGGGAGCGCUCAUCCUUCCCACCUGCUCAGUCCCUCCUCCUUCUCCUGUGGGACCACCAGAGACCCCAGCUCCCCGCUCCCCAAGUGUGGGGCCUCCGACGCGAACGCCUCUGCUCGCAGGGCGGUGAGCGCAGAUCCCACGGGGCCCUCGGUCGGGGGUCAAGGCUGCCUCCGUUUCCAUCCCGGACCCGACAAUGGGCCGGAAAAAGAAGACUUUGCACGACUGCGCGGCGGAGUUCACCGACCUGGUGGUGAAGCAGCCCCUGACUGAGCACAGCGACUCUGGGGACAUGUCUGUGGUGGAGACCCUUUCCUGCAGGGCCUGCGAGCUGCCUAUGCGCGUGCCCAGGGACCGCAUCCUGGAGCACCUGUCCUCGGACAGGCACUGCAGGAACCGCAGACUCAUCCGCAGCACGGCCUGCGGACGCCCAUUCUCGUGUAAGUGUCAGUGCCAAUGCUGGUAUUUCAGGAGACAUCCCAGCGGGCAGCCGGCUAUUUUAGGAUUCUCUGCCCUGCAAAAGUUUCCAAAGUAUGUGGACAGGCCGCCUGAUGACACGACGUUUACAGGAUCUGCUAGUGGCUUGCCCACCUGGGGAGUAACCCUGUGAAGUCUUGCAGUUUUGUUAAAGUGUGCGUGGCCACCCGCAUGCUGCCUUAUCACAAGCCAGAUACAUACUGGUCUGCAGGGUGACUCCCCACUCUUGAUCCUCUGAGAUGAUUGUGGACUGGGUGCUGUGAGUCCUACCACUUUGUUUAAAUGAAUGUGUCUUUUGUCCAGCUCAGCCGCCUCGGAUCUCAUUGCCACCGGCCUUCCCGCACACCCUUGCCACCCGCCUUUGCUCCCUCAGCCUCAGCCUCAGCUCAUUCUCUCAAGCAGUCCCAGCACUGGCAUGGUACCUCCUCCCGCCGUGGGCCGCACGUCUCUGCUCCCUGUCAACCCUACUGCCAUCAGCAUCACCACAAGUGACUUGUCUGCCCAGGAGGAUGCAACACCAACUACCUCCACCGGCCACCUUUCAGUGUUUUCUGCUUUCCAAGUAAAGACACCAGCAGUGCCCUCAGAGCGGACCAGCCGGAGAUUUUCCGAAACCCCCUCCCAUAGGGUGCUCCGUGGAGGAGGCCUGAGAUGCUCUCACGACUUUGGAGCCAGGGUGGCCGACCACCUUGGCCUGGCCAUCUUUGGGGUGGGCUUUGGGAGCCCAGCACUGCUGCCGAGUGUGGUGGAUGAGAACGGCUGCUGCUUGCUGUACGUGGUGGAGGACCAGCUGUGUGGCGUGGAGCGAGCCUUCAGGGCUGAGCUUGGGCAACACCAGAGUGGUUCAGGAACAGGAUGCGGACAUUGUCCUCAACGACCAGCGGUCCCCACUUGGUCCCUAUGUUCAUGGAGCGUGGUCAGUUACACUUCACAGCCAGUGAAUUACACGGCUGUGAAGUUUUCCAGGGAAGGGGGUGCUUUGCGAGAGGCUGCCGAGUUUGAAUUGUCAGGCUGCCCAGUCCUGCUUCGACGAAGCCGACAGACGUGGAAAGCCUUUGGUCUGUGGAUUUUACAACUUGGUGAUGUGGGCGCCUUGGAGAACUCCUGA